UCGAUAAAUUGUUAUCACAACAACAAACCAGUCGUGCGGUGAGCUGAGAUUUAUUUUUGCCAUUGUUUUUGUGUUAACAAAUGUAACUAAACUACAAAUGCAACUACCUCAAUUAAAGCAAUAUAACGAUCAUGUAGAAAACUUUUUAAAAGCUUUUUCUAUCAUACAUACUACAUUCCAAUUGCCUGUUUGGUUAGAAUAAUUAUGGAUACAUGAACUAUCGGACUGGCACGAAGUAACGAAGGAAAAACGCAAAGUCAACAACAUGUCAACGAACUCUAGCCUGCAGGUCCAACAACAACAGCAACAACAACUACAUCAGCAGCAACCAACAGGACAUUCCACAAAUGCCCGGGAGAGGCAAAAGAGUAAUUCGCAACGGAAUCUACUCGAAUUCCUUUGCCUAACGAUUGCCUGCAUCGUCUGCUAUUGCAAUAGUACCAGAUGCGGCUUGGUUUUCGAUGACAUUAGUGCCAUUAGGGAUAACAAGGACUUGCGUCCGCAUACACCACUAAAGAAUGUUUUUCUCAACGAUUUCUGGGGCACGCCAAUGCGUAAGGAGCAAUCUCAUAAGUCGUAUCGACCGUUAACAGUGUUAACAUUCCGUUUCAACUACUUGCUGCAUGCAUUGGAGCCAUUUGGAUAUCAUUUAAUCAACCUGCUGCUGCAUUUGGCUGUGUGCUUGCUAUGGCGUCGGGUGUGCCGGUUGUUGCUACGUCAAUGUGGCAGUAAUGCAACGUCCUCAGCAGCAACAGCAACAGCAACAUCAACAACACACAACACAUGCGCUUUUGUGGCCGCUCUCCUCUUUGCCAUUCACCCAGUGCAUACAGAGGCCGUUACUGGGGUUGUUGGGCGUGCUGAAUUACUCUCUUCCAUUUGCUAUUUGGCCGCAUUUCUCAGCUAUGCCGAUUCGGUGCAUUUAUCAACACGUCACACCAAUUGGCUAAAACUGUUCGGUGGCUUUGGCAGUUGCCUUUUGGCCUCCAUGCUGAGCAAAGAGCAAGGCAUAACCAUUGCCGGCAUUUGUGUGGUCUAUGAAUUGUUUGUGGUGCAACAAAUAAAACCGCUGGAAAUGUUUCGUCUUGUAUUGCGACUCUUUGAGGAAAAUCAACAGCAGGAGCGUCAGCAAUUGUCACCAAAAUCGGUAAAUUCAACAAAAUCUCGACGCUGGUCGUCAUCAACGGUUUUGUGGCGACGUUUGGUGUUUUUGGCCGGCGUAACUGUUUGCCUAUUGGUGGGACGUGUCUAUGUGAUGGGCUCUCAAUUGCCAAUUUUCACACGUUUCGAUAAUCCCGCCUCGGCAGCAGAUACUCCAGAGCGACAAUUGACCUAUGCAUACCUCAUAUUUUUGAAUUGUUGGCUCUUGCUAUGUCCCUCGUUGCUUUGUUGCGAUUGGACAAUGGGCACUGUCCCUUUGCUAGAGGGUUUUAUGGAUUGCCGAAAUGUGGCCACAGUUUUUACUUUUGUGGCUCUUGGACUCUUGGUUGCCAAAGCUUGCUUUACCCGUAAUUCAGCACAAUCACGCACUUUGCUAAUGUGUCUGGGUUGGAUUGUUUUACCCUUUCUGCCCGCUUCGAAUCUCUUUUUCCCUGUGGGAUUUGUGGUGGCCGAACGUAUCUUGUAUAUGCCCUCCAUGGGCUAUUGUCUACUGGUGGCUUAUGGUUUUCAACAGCUGCAACAACGUUGCAGCAUUAAAUGGAGAUUUUUGGGUCAAGCUGCACUCUGGAUCCUAAUGCUCUCGCAUGCCUUGAAGACUUAUCAACGAAACUUCGACUGGCGUACAGAAUAUUCGCUUUUUAUGUCGGGCAUUCAUGCAAAUCAACGCAACGCCAAGCUUUAUAAUAAUGUGGGCCACGCUCUGGAGAAUGAGGGAAGCUAUGAAGAGGCUUUACUGUACUUUCAGCAGGCAGUGCGUAUACAAACCGAUGAUAUUGGUGCCCACAUUAAUGUGGGACGCACAUUGAAUAAUCUCAAACGUUAUAACGAAGCCGAAGAGGCAUAUGUGAGGGCGAAAGCUCUUUUCCCCCAGGCCAAACCAGGAGUUAGCUAUCAUGCACGAAUAGCUCCAAAUCAUUUGAAUGUCUUCAUUAACUUGGCCAAUUUGAUAGCCAAGAAUCAGACACGUUUGGAGGAGGCAGAUCAUCUAUAUCGGCAGGCCAUUAGCAUGAGAAGUGAUUAUGUGCAGGCGUAUAUAAAUCGUGGCGAUAUCCUGAUGAAACUUAAUCGCACUGCUCAGGCACAGGAGGUCUAUGAACAGGCUUUGCUGUAUGACAGUGAAAAUGCUGAUAUCUACUAUAAUCUGGGAGUUGUCUUCUUGGAGCAGGGCAAAAGUCAGCAGGCUCAAGUGUAUUUCAAUAAGGCGAUUGAAUUGUAUCCGGAACAUGAACAGGCUCUACUCAAUUCGGCUAUUUUACUGCAAGAACUGGGCGGUGAGGAGGCACGUCAAUUGUCCAAGACGCGUCUCUAUCAAGUUUUGGAUAAAGAUCAGCAGAAUGAAAAGGUUUACUUCAAUCUCGGCAUGCUGGCCAUGGAUGAGAGUAGCCACGAUGAGGCCGAGCAGUUCUUUAAGCGGGCAAUACAUUUGAAAUCGGAUUUCCGUAGUGCCCUGUUCAAUUUGGCUCUCCUCUUAGCCGAUACGCAACGCCCCCUGGAUGCUGUGCCCUUUCUGAAUCAACUGAUACGUCAUCAUCCAUCGCAUGUGAAGGGUUUGAUCCUUUUGGGUGACAUCUACAUUAAUCAUAUGAAAGAUUUAGAUGCAGCCGAGAAAUGCUAUCGCAGUAUUCUACAACAUGAUCCACACAAUACACAGGGAAUGCAUAAUCUUUGUGUUGUGUUUGUGGAACGCAAACGUUUGGCCAAGGCAGCGGCUUGUUUGCAUUACGCCCAACGAUUGGCACCCGCAGAGGAUUAUAUUGGACGACAUUUGCAGAUUGUUCAGGCACGUCUGCAGAAAAUCAACAAGUUACCUGAAACGGCCCUAGAAAGACAAAUCGCUUACGAGGAUUACGAUCCUUUAGAGUUUAAGCAAUCCAUUGAACGCAAUGGCCAAAAUAAACGCAAACGUCUGUAGCAUUAGGCAAAUCCAUUUACACAUAUAUAGGGAAAUAAUCUACAAUCAGCAAGAAGAUUAUAUAUCCAACACGAAAACUCAGAUAUUGUGACUGAAUCUCUAUAUAUAUAAAUAUUUGAUCCAUUUUUUUUUUGUAUAUACAAACAAAAUAUAAUUUAUAUUCUAGUUGAUUGCUGUACUUAAACUGUAAACAUAAAAUACUUAAGUUGAACAAUAAACAA